UUGGGCUUCAAAGGCUUCGAAAUCGGUUCGCAUGUUGGGGAAAAAAGUUUGGAUCAUAGGGAUUUUUGGCCAUUGUAUAAGGUGAGUUCCGAGCGCGGGAGCGCGAGUGUAGACUGCUGCAAGUUACACUAACUUUUGGGAUCUUGAAAGCCAGAAACGUCAACUGAACCUCAGGUCUGCGAAGAUCUCCAACUGCUCCUCUUCGUUCACCCUUGGGAUAUGCAUAUGUGGAAUGGUCGUCUCGACAAAUAUUGGAUGCCUUGGUUGGUCGGAAUGCCGUCUGAAACCGCGCAAGCUGUGUGCUCUGUGCUGAUGGGAAAUGUGCUCUGCGAUUUUCCGCGGCUCCGGUUUUGCUUUGCGCAUGGCGGAGGGAGUUAUCCGAUUAUUCGCGGAAGAGUUGCGCAUGGUUAUAAGGUGGGUUUUUGAGAUGUCUACUCUGAAUCUACAUAGAAUCUGAAAUAAGAUUCGCAGGUUCGCCCUGAUCUCUGCGCCACUGCUUGUUCUACCCCUCCAAAUCAACUCGAUCAUCUAAUCUGGACUGAUUCCCUUGUCCACGAUCCGAAAUGUCUUGAUCUUCUGAUCUCAACAAUCGGAGAAGAUCAUAUAGUUCUAGGAACUGAUUAUCCAUUUCCACUGGGAGAAUUGGAAGUUGGCAAAGUUGUUGUUGAUUUUUGGAAAAACGAUGAGAAAAGAUCGAAGAUUUUGUGGAAAAAUGCGAUAAAUAUGCUGCAACUUGACGAGAAUUUGUUGAAAAAAUAA